AUGGCAGCGCCCAGUACUGUGGGAGGGAUAGCGGAGAAAAACAGCACCGAAACGGGACAAAUAUUACCAAAAUCCACAUGUGGAGAACUGAAAACAACUCAGUUCGGAACCCGUUUCCUGACAGACCCACGUCAAGUUUUUCAACAUAACGCAUGGUUCGUAUUUUAGCAUGCAUACUACUGGUGGUGGUGGUAGUACACACACGGAUAGCCCUUGAUCAUGACUCUCAGUUCCAUUACAUUACAAAAGAGUCAUUGGACGAAGGUUUCUGUAGGGGGAGUUUUAUCGUAUCUUUCAUAUCAGCGAGAUAUAUAUAUAUUUUUUAAGUUUAAAUUGAUACACGCCUUUUUAUAUAGGGUUAGGGUUACCACACGCCAUAUUUCCAUGUUAUCAAAUCAAAUGUUAUUUGUCACAUGCGCCGAAUACAACCUUACAGUGAAAUGCUUACUUACAAGCCCUUAACCAACAAUUCAAUUUUAAGAAAGAAUACCCACAAACAAAUAUAAUAUGAAGUAAAAGUAACAAAUAUUUAAAGAGCAGCAGUAAAAAUAACAAUAGCGAGGCUAUAUACAGUCAAUGUGCGGGUGCACCGUUAGUCGAGGUAAUUGAGGUAAUAUGUACAUGUAGGUAGAGUUAUUAAAGUGACUAUGCAUAGAUAAUAAACAGAGAGUAGCAGCAGCGUAAAAGAGGGGUGGGGGGGCAAUGAAAAUAGUCUGGGUAGCCAUUUGAUUAGAUGUUCAGGAGUCUUAUAGCUUGGGGGUAGAAGCUGUUUAGAAGCCUCUUGGACCUAGACUUGGCGCUCCGGUACCGCUUGCCGAGCGGUAGCAGAGAGAACAGUCUAUGACUAGGGUGGCUGGAGUCUUUGACAAUGUUACAGCGCUUGUUUACGGAAAACAGAUUAUUAGCUAUCUGCGUCUUCGAUCACCUGUGUGUAAAUGGAAGACGGACGCCAGAAACAUGUUAAUUGUGUUAAACUCGGUUAAAACGGUAAGUGUACAUUUUGCAUUUGUGAAAUUAUUUUGAUGUGAUAUGAAAGUAGAGGAAUUUAUGUUUCUAGAACCUUACUGCAAUUGUAAAUCGAUUCAUGUUUAAGUGGAGUAUUUGGCUGUUCUGGCUUCCAGAGCCAAUUUGCUUUUAAACAGAACAUGUAAGGUCCUUGGACUAUAAGGAGUAACGUUAGGCUCCAUUAGUCUAUUAUUGGGGUAACAUAUGGACAGAACAGAACUAGGCAUGGGUAGCAUGUCUUCCUCAUGGUUUCUAAUGGUGUUGGUGUCCCAUUCACUUUCAGGGACAAUGUGGAGUGGACAGAGGAGCAAGAGGCAGCUGCCAAGAAGAAGGUCCAAGAAAACAGUCAGCCCCUCCCUCAAGAGAAGCAAGGUUGGUUCUGAACCAGAAUCUGGGCUUACAGGAUACGUCCUCCUUUAAGACCAGGAAGCAGCCAUUCAACUUGCCAUUCACCAGCUUUUCAAGCUUAAUAAUGUCAAAAUACGUUUGGUACUUACCAAAGAAAGAAGUUUCACAGAGCAACUAUUGUCAUUACUGCCAUCCCGGCCAGUAUGUACUUCCAAGAAAGGUCUAAAUAAAAAGUUCCAUGGAACAGAGAAAAUGCCUUUUAUGGAAAGAAUCUAAGUGCCAAAUCCACCUCAUUACUUCCACCAGAGAUCUGUGUAUAAUGACGAGAUGCUCAUGUCUCCGCCGAUGUUCAUGUCUCUGGCCGUGUUCUAGAGCAUCAAAACGACUGUAGGCGACUGCCGUCUGACUGAUCCACAAAUCACCUUGCAUCAUAAGUAACGACUCAUUAUUAUUUGAAGAUCUGUCAGUCAGUCACAAUUUACCCAUGAUACAUUGCGGUUUUGAUCCUCUCGAACAUGGCCAAUGCCUUGUCUGGAUAUAAUCUAAGUAUUGUUUUUGAGCAAGUGCACAUGCGCCAAAUCCACCUCUUCUGUACCUCCUUCAAUAUUAAUAACACAAUUAAUAUACACUAAAUAAAUAAUAUCUCAAAAUAUACAAUCACUGUAAAAAUGUACCCUAUAUUGUCUACUUAAUGUACUUACAUGAAAUAUUAUUGCAUUCUGUGUAGCGCGGUGAAACAACAGAUUAGGACGUUCAUACACUGUUGUAGGUGAUAAAAUCAGUUACCUUUCCUGCUGCUGGAUCAGCCAACCUCUGCAUGGCAGCAGAGAGGAAAAGGCGAAGCGAGAGGUUCCACUCUCGCCAAAAUCUGUCCAAAAAUAAGUCCAAUGCGUUUCUAUGGGUUUAUUUUGGACCUAAGCUUGUCGGCUGCCUUCCCGGAUUUGGGACAACGACUACCAUUGUUAGGGCGGAGACAUGAGCAUUUCGUCAUUAUAUACCGAUCUCUGGUGGCAGUAAUGAGGUUGAUUUGGUACAUGCGCACUUGCUCAAAAACAAUACUUAGAUUCUUUCCAUACAAGGCAUUUUUUCGGUUGCAUGUCACUUUUUAUUUAGACCUUUCUUGGAAGUACAUACUGGCCGGGACGGCAGUAAUGACGAUAGUUGCUCAGUAAAACUCCUUUCUUUGGUUUAAUUUAAAGGGAUACUUCUGGAUUUUGGCAACGAAGCCCCUUUAUCUACUUCCCCAGAGUCAGAUUAACUAAUGGAUGCCAUUUUUAUGUCUCUGCAUCCAUCCAUUAUGAAGGAAGGUAGUUUCACGAGCCAAUACUAACUAGCGUAAGCUUAAUGACUGGAAGUCUAUGGUAUCUACUAGCAUGCUAGCAGUUACCAAAGACUUCCAGUCAUUGCGCUAAAGCUAGUUAGUAUUGGCUCGUGAAACUACCUUCCUUCAUAAUGGAUGGAUGCAGAGACAUAAAAAUGGCAUCCAUUAGUUCAUCUGACUCUGGGGAAGUAGAUAAAGGGGCUUCAUUGCCAAAAUCCAGAAGUAUCCCUUUAAAUGUGAAAAUAUUCCUUCAAACUGCACGCAGACAUAAAAUGGUAUCCACGAGUUCAUCUGACUCUGGGAAAGUAGAUAAAGGGCUUCAUUGCCAAAAUCCUGAAGUAUCCCUUUAAGCUUGAAAAGCUGGUGAAUGGCAAGUUCAAUGGCUGCUUCCUAAGCUUAAAGGAGAAUGUCUCCUGUAAACCCAGAUUUUGGUUCAUUGCACCCCACUGGUUCUUGGGAGCAGGUGGGUGGUGGUGGAGGGUGGGUGUUUCCAUGGACAGUAACCAAUUGUGGGAACAGUUUCCCAACCUGAGUGUAUGGUAUCAAUUAUGUCAGCACUAGACGCUGAUAAGUGAUCAAACAAACAACCAUACAUAGGCCUACCAGAUAAUUUUGUAUAUGUAGUGUAUGUAUGUGGACCCCCCUUCAAAUGAGUGGAUUCGGCUAUUUCAGCCACACCCGUUGCUGACAGGUGUAUAAAAUCGAGCACACUGCCAUGCAAUCUCCAUAGACAAACAUUGGAGUAGGAUGGCCUUAUUGAAGAGCUCAGUGAUUUUCAACGUGGCACCGUCAUAGGAUGCCACCUUUCCAACAAGUCAGUUUGUGAAAUUUCUGCCCUGCUAGAGCUGCCCCGGUCAACUGUAAGUGCUGUUAUUGUGAAGUGGAAACGUCUAGGAGCAACAAUGGCUCAGCCGUGUAGUGGUAGGCCACACAAGCUCACAGAACGGGACCGCUGAGUGCUGAAGCGCAUAGCGCGUAAAAAUCAUCUUUCCUCUGUUGCAACUCUCACUACCGAGUUCCAAACUGCCUCUGGAAGCAACGUCAGCACAAGAACUGUUCGUUGGGAGCUGCAUGAAAUGGGUUUCCAUGGCCGAGCAGCCGCACACAAGCCUAAGAUCACAAUGCGCAAUGCCAAGCGUCGGCUGGAGUGGUGUAAAUCUCGCCGCCAUUGGAGCAGUGGAAACACGUUCACUAUCUGGCAGUCCGACGGAUGAAUCUGGGUUUGGCGGAUGCCAGGAGAACGCUACCUGCCCGAAUGCAUAGUGCCAACUGUAAAGUUUGGUGGAGGAGGGAUAAUGAUCUGGGGCUGUUUUUCAUGGUUCAUUCUAGACGAUUCUGUGCUUCCACCUUUGUGGCAACAGUUUGGGGAAGACCCUUUCCUGUUUCAGUAUAACAAUGCCCCCAUGCACAAAGUGAGGUCCAUACAGAAAUGGUUUGUCGAGAUUGGUGUGGAAGAACUUGACUGGCCUGCACUGAGCCCUGAUCUCAACCCCAUCGAAUACCUUUGGGAUGAAUUGGAACGCAGACUGCAAGCCAGGCCUAAUCGCCCAACAUCUGUGCCCGACCUCACUAACGCUCUUGUGGCUGAACGGAAGCAAGUCCCUGCAGCAAUGUUCCAUCAUCUAGUGGAAAGCCUUCCCAGAAGAGUGGAGGCUGUUAUAGCAGCAAAGGGGGGACAAACUCCAUAUUAAUGCCCAUGAUUUUGGAAUGAGAUGUUCGACGAGCAGGUGUCCACAUACUUUUGGUCAUGUAGUGUAAGUACCAGAACAAGAUCAGUAUAUGUAAUUCAAUAGUCAAUUUGCAUCUCUUCCACUGAUUUGAACAGAGGACUUUGACUGCCGGGCUAAUGAAUACUGGAAUAAAUUCUACACCAUCCAUGAGAACCGCUUCUUCAAAGACCGCCACUGGCUCUUCACAGAGUUCCCCGAGCUGGCCCCACAGUGUCGCCUCAACCUGGAAUCCUGUAUUGGGGACCAUAGAGCUGAGGACAGUGAACCACAUGGUCUCGAUCAGAGUCAGGGCCAGAGCAGUGAAGUCACCCCUUUGGCCCCUGGAGAUGGUGACUUCCCUGGAUCCAGUGCCAUGUAUCGCAUACUGGAGGUGAGGACAUAUUGUAUUGUAUCAUAGUAUGACUGCAGUAUCUGUUAGCUUGAGUGUCAGUUUGAUUGUGUUAUUAUGCCAACUCAUUGUCAGUCAUUGUAAUGUCAAACAUGUUUGUUGUGAGAAUGAGCAAUAGAGUUGGCAAGAGCACAAACAGAUCUGGGACCAGCUAAGUAAAUGUGACCCUCAGGCAUAAAGUAGGCUAACCUAUGUCCUUGUUUGAUUCAAUAGGUUGGCUGUGGUGUUGGCAACACCGUCUUUCCCAUUCUGAAGACCAACAAGUGAGUGGUGGUUGGGACCAUGUGUAUGGGGCAGUCCCAUUAUGCAGGAUGCAGCCUGUUCAGUUUGACUUUGUAUACUAGCUACUACCCUCUUCGUACGCACAUGCUGUAUAUCUGCUAUUCAGAUCUCAAUAUGUUUUAGAUGCAACCCUCUUAGCACCUCCAUGUUCCCUGACCCUGUCUUCUUUGUGUGUGACAGUGACCCUGGGCUCUUUGUCUACUGCUGUGAUUUCUCCAGCACCGCUGUGGAGCUGGUCAAGGUGAGAAGGAGAAAUGCUUGAUAGAUGAUGUCAUUAGUUGGCUGAUAAAUAGAUUCAUGAAUCUUGUCCCUUUCACCACCAGGCUAAUUCAGAGUAUGACCCCGGGCGUUGCUAUGCCUUUGUUCAUGACCUGGGUGAUGAGGGAGCUAUUUACCCUGUCCCAGACGCCAGCCUAGACGUUAUAGUGCUCAUCUUCGUGCUCUCAGCCCUGCAUCCUGACAAGUAAGCCGCCCCUGUGUGAUGUUUGAGUGUGGCAACAAGCAAGUGUGGGUACGUGUAUGUGUGCUUGCUUGGGUGUGUGUGAUAGGGAAAAUUUAAGUGCAAUCAAAUUCACAUGUCUUUCUUUUUCUCUGUCAGGAUGCAGGCCUCCAUCAGCAGACUGGCUCGGCUGCUGAAGCCUGGAGGAGUGCUACUGCUCAGGGACUAUGGACGCUAUGACAUGGCACAGCUACGCUUCAAGAAAGGUUAGUUACCAUAGGCACUCAUGCGUGGGACUGUGUGUGAUCCAAUCAAAUUGUAUUGGUCACAUACACAUAUUUAGCAGAUGUUAUUGUGGGUGUAGCGAAAUGCUUGUAAAUUGUGAUUAGCAAGAUGUACAUGUGUUUGGGAAAAUCUAUUGAAUUAUUGAAUGUGUUCCUUUUUCAGGAAGGUGUUUGUCAGAUAACUUUUAUGUCCGGGGUGAUGGAACACAAGUCUAUUUCUUCACUCAAGGUAAUAAAUCAAUCAAAUCAAAAGGCUAGUAUGUACUGCUACCCCCCCCCCCCCCCGCUUACCCCAACCCAAACCCCAACCCAAAAACAAAAACAAACAAAAAAAACAUUGUAAAGUGGUGAUCCCACUGGCUAUAAGGUGAAUGCACCUAUUUGUAAGUCGCUCUGGAUAAGAGCGUCUGCUAAAUGACGUAAAUGUAAUGUAAAUGUGAUUUGCAAGUCAGUUUUGUUUUUGUUUUUUCCUUCUAAACGUUUUUGUUUUUUUGUGUAUAAUAUCUCCAUGACAUCCCUCUCCAGAUGAGCUACAUGACUACUUCAGUGAAGCGGGUCUGGAGAAGGUCCAGAACAUGGUGGACCGGCGGCUGCAGGUGAACAGAGGCAAGCAGCUGACCAUGUACCGUGUCUGGAUCCAAUGCAAGUACCGCAAGCCUCAUACCCAACCAACAGAGACACAGGAUUGAGCCAGGAGCAGCAGAGAGAAUACUGCGGCUUAUGUCUGAACUAGUGUCUGAGGUAGAAGUGGGACUGCAACCCCUAGGAGGGGUGGAUAGAAUUGGGAUACCUCCAUGAGACCAUUGUGAUGAUGGACACCAUGGAGAUGGAUUGAGGGGUGAUGUGUGCAAAGCAUUAGGCAUGUUUUGCUAUUGGGUUCCUUCAGCCAUUUGUCUACACAGCUCUGGGUUCCCCCAGGUGCCUUUUGAUAAUGUAUCUCUGACUGAGAGGGUGACAUGACUCAGAAACGGCAUAUAGAGAAGUCUGGUGAGCUCAUGAAACCUGAACAAAGGGCUGGAAACCCAAUAUACUAAUGUUUACAUUCAACAGACUGUUUACCAUAAUCCAUUAUUUUAGAUAAAUUGUGCUGUAUGAUUUAAAAAAUAUUUUACAUUCACAAAAUGAUUAAAAAACAAUGUGU